AUGGAGACAAGCUACUCCCUUACCAAUAUCGAUGAAACUGAGAAGUUUUGUAACGACAACGGAAUUGAGUUCUCGUGUGUUAGACACCCACCAGUUCCAACUGUAGAGACAAUGAUUGAAGAAGUGAAGUUUCCCGAUAAAGAAGUUGUACUUGCAAAGAAUCUUUUCUUGAAAGAUAAAAAGAAGAAGACUCUUUACCUUCUAGUAGCCAAGCACGACACUGUUGUUGAUUUUAAGGCUCUCGCUAAGUUCCUCAAGACUGGCUCAAGCAAUAUCAGAGGAGGGGAUUCUGAUAAAUUGGAAGAAAUCCUAAAAGUCAAAGGAGGAUCUAUCAAUUUAUUCUGCAUCCUGAAUGAUAAUGAAAAGAAGGUCCAACUCCUGGUUGAUAAGUCUCUAUAUGGGCAAGAGUGGCUAGGAAUCCACCCAAUGCAAAACGAUGCUACCUUUGCAAUCUCAGGUGCUGAUAUGGAGAAAGUUAUUACACUCUCAAAUCAUGAGCCUCAGGUUAUUAAUUUUUCAGAACUUGUCGUGUUAUCUGAUACACCAAAAUAUAAACAACAGAAGAAGGAAAAGAAGCCUAAGAAAGAAAAGAAAGCUAAAGAUGAAGACCUACAUGAGCUAGGCAUCACCAUCUCAAGGGAGGAUGACUUCUCCCUUUGGUAUUCUCAGGUUAUCACUAAGAGUGAGAUGAUAGAGUACUAUGACGUGUCUGGCUGCUAUAUUCUGAGACCAUGGAGUUAUGGCAUUUGGGAAAGAGUCCAAAGAUUCCUUGAUGGCUUAUUCAAACAAUCUGGAGUGGAAAACUCAUAUUUCCCAAUCUUUGUAACUGAGAAAGCAUUGACUAAAGAAGAAGAUCAUCUUGAAGGGUUUGCUCCAGAAGUAGCAUGGGUUACCAAAAGUGGAAAGACUGAUAUGAAGGAGCCCAUUGCCAUCAGACCUACAAGUGAAACUAUUAUGUAUCCAGCUUUUGCUAAAUGGGUUCAGUCUCAUAGAGAUUUGCCAAUUCUUUUGAACCAAUGGACUAAUAUUGUAAGAUGGGAGUUCAAACAUCCAACUCCAUUUAUCAGAACAAGAGAAUUCUUGUGGCAAGAAGGACAUACUGCUCAUGCUACAAAAGAUGAAGCUACUAAAUUUGUUUAUGAAAUACUUGAAUGCUAUGCCAAAACAUAUGAAGAAAUGUAUUCUGUUCCAGUUAUCAGAGGAAUCAAGAGUAGAGGAGAGACUUUUGCUGGAGCCGAUUUUACUUCAACUGUUGAACUUUUCGUCCCAUCAAAUGGAAGAGGAAUCCAAGGAGCUACUUCCCACUAUUUAGGACAGAACUUCUCAAAAAUGUUUGAUCUCUGGUUUGAAAAUGAAGACAAAAAGAAGGACUUUGCUCACCAAACAUCUUGGGGAUUCACUACUAGAUCCAUCGGAGCUAUGAUUAUGAUCCAUGGAGACAACAAAGGACUUGUAUUGCCUCCAAAGGUAGCCCAAGUUCAAGUUGUGAUUGUGCCAAUUACUAACAAAGACAAUCAUGAUGAGAUCUUAGAAUCAGCUGAUAAAGUAUUUGCAACUCUGAAGGGAUCUGGAAUUCGAGUAAAGAUUGAUGACAGGAAGAAUUAUAAGCCAGGGUGGAAAUUUAACCACUGGGAAGUCAAAGGAGUCCCAAUCCGUCUUGAAAUUGGCAAGAAAGACAUUGAAAAUAGCGAGGUCAGAGUUGUCAGAAGAUUUGACGGCAAGAAAUUCCAACUUAGUACUGAAGGUAUCUCCCAAAGUUUGCUUGAUGAGCUAGACAAGAUUCAAGCAGGAAUGUACGACAAAGCAGUAAAAGAAAGAGAUGAUAGAAUGAAGAAUGCUGCCACUUGGGAUGAUUUCAUGUCAGAACUCAAUCAAAGAAAUCUUAUUCUCACUCCAUGGUGUGAUCAAGAAUCUUGUGAAGAUAAUGUAAAAGAGAGAUCAAAGGAAGAAUCCAAGCAAGCUGAAAAUGCAGGCGAGGAGGUACUUACUGGAAGCGCCAAGACGUUAUGCAAGCCUAUUAGCCAGCCAGAACUUGCUGAAGGCACCAAAUGCUUUGCUUGUGACUCUAAUGCUACCAGUACAGCCUUAUGGGGAAGAUCAUACUAACCAUUCCAAAUCCUGAUUUUCAA